AUGGCUUCAAGCCACAGUUCUUCACCAGUGCCUCAAGGAAGCAGCAGUGAUGUUUUCAUUAAAAAAGAGGUAGAUCCGACAAAACACAUUCGACCUGUGCAGUCACUGCCAGAUGUGUGUCCCAAGGAACCCACAGGUGAUUCACACAGUUUAUGUGUUGCCCCAUCUCUAGUUACAGAUCAACACAAAUGGACUAUAUAUCAUUCCAAAGUAAAUCUCCCAGCAGCAUUAAAUGAUCCUAGAUUAGCAAAAAGAGAAUCUGACUUCUUCACAAAAACAUGGGGAUUGGACUUUGUGGACACUGAAGUCAUACCUUCAUUCUACCUCCCACAGAUCAGCAAGGAACAUUUUACAGUAUAUCAACAGGAAAUCUCUCAGAGAGAGAAGAUUCACGAAAGAUGCAAGAACAUUUGUCCUCCUAAAGAUACCUUUGACAGGACUCUCUUACAUAGUCAUGAUAAAUCCAGGACAGAUCUGGAGCAAGUACCUAAGAUUUUUAUGAAACCAGAUUUUGCCUUGGACGAUUCUUUAACUUUUAAUUCAGUUUUACCAUGGUCUCAUUUUAAUACUGCUGGUGGAAAAGGAAGUCGUGAUGCAGCUUCCUCAAAGUUGCUACAAGAAAAGCUGAGCCAUUACCUGGAUAUUGUGGAAGUAAACAUUGCUCACCAGAUCUCUCUACGUUCAGAAGCAUUUUUUCAUGCAAUGACCUCUCAACACGAAUUGCAGGACUACCUCAAGAAAACUUCCCAGGCUGUAAAAAUGCUUCGAGAUAAAAUUGCACAGAUUGAUAAAGUAAUGUGUGAAGGAUCACUACACAUUUUAAGACUGGCUCUUAGCAGAAAUAAUUGUGUUAAAGUGUACAAUAAACUGAAGUUAAUGGCCACUGUACACCAGACUCAACCUACAGUACAGGUGUUGUUAUCUGCUUCUGAAUUUGUUGGAGCAUUGGACUUAAUAUCAACAACGCAAGAAGUUCUACAGCAGGAACUUCAGGGCAUUCACAGCUUCCGGCAUUUGGGAUCACAGCUUUGUGAAUUAGAAAAACUGAUAGAUAAAAUGAUGAUUGCAGAAUUUUCUACUUAUUGUCACAGUGACUUAAAUAGACCACUGGAAGAUGACUGUCAAAUUUUAGAAGAGGAAAAACUAGUAUCCCUUAUAUUUGGACUUUUAAAACAAAGAAAACUUAAUUUUUUAGAAAUCUAUAGUGAAGAAAUGAUUAUUACGGCAAAGAAUAUCAUUAAACAGUGUGUGAUUAAUAAAGUUUCACAAAUAGAAGAACUAGACCCAGAUGCUGGUAUGAAGCUUGCAGAUCAGAUGAGAAUGUUGAAUUUUCCUCAGUGGUUUGAUCUACUAAAGGAUAUUUUCUUUAAGUUUACAGUUUUCCUACAGAGAGUUAAGGCAACGUUAAAUAUCAUUCACAAUGUUGUUCUCUCAGUUCUUGACAAAAACCAAAGAACUAGAGAAUUGGAGGAGAUUUCACAACAGAAGAAUGCUGCAAAGGAUAAUUCCCUGGACACAGAGGUGGCUUAUUUAAUCCAGGAAGGCAUAUUUGUAAGUGAUGCAUUCAGUGAGAAUGAAUUAACACCUAUAACAAUUGACACUACCUCUCAAAGAAAUGCAUCUCCAAAUAGUGAGCCCUGCAGCAGUGAUUCAGUAUCUGAACCAGAAUGUACUACUGAUUCUUCAUCCAGUAAAGAGCAGACAUCAUCAUCAGCUACUCCAGGAGGUGUGGACAUUAUGGUGAAUGAAGACAUGAAAUUAACUGACUUAGAACUAGGAAAGCUGGCAAAUAAUAUCCAGGAGUUAUUGUAUAGUGCCUCAGACAUAUGCCAUGACCGAGCUGUCAAAUUUCUCAUGUCAAGAGCAAAGGAUGGUUUUCUUGAGAAGCUAAAUUCCACGGAAUUCAUAACACUUUCUAGGUUAAUGGAAACAUUCAUUUUAGACACUGAACAGAUCUGUGGAAGAAAAAGCAUGUCAUUACUUGGAGCACUUCAGAACCAAGCUAAUAAAUUUGUAAACAGGUUUCAUGAAGAGAGAAAAACUAAGCUCAGCCUCCUCUUAGACAAUGAGCGCUGGAAACAAGCUGAUGUUCCUGCAGAAUUUCAGGAUCUUGUUGAUUCUCUAUCAGAUGGAAAGAUUGCCUUACCUGAAAAAAAGUCAGGGGUUACAGAGGAAAGGAAACCAGCUGAAGUUCUCAUUGUCGAGGGACAACAGUAUGCUGUUGUUGGAACUGUAUUGUUGUUGAUAAGAAUUAUCCUGGAAUAUUGCCAGUGUGUGGAUAAUAUCCCAUCUGUUACUACUGACAUGCUUACUCGUCUGUCAGAUUUAUUGAAGUACUUCAAUUCAAGAAGUUGUCAGUUAGUUCUUGGAGCUGGUGCACUGCAAGUUGUUGGACUAAAAACAAUAACUACAAAAAAUUUGGCUCUUUCUUCACGCUGUUUGCAGUUAAUUGUGCACUACAUUCCUGUGAUCCGGGCUCAUUUUGAAGCUCGGCUGCACCCUAAGCAAUAUAGCAUGCUUAGGCACUUUGAUCAUAUCACUAAGGAUUACCAUGACCACAUAGCUGAAAUAUCAGCUAAGCUUGUAGCGAUAAUGGAUAGCUUAUUUGACAAGCUGUUAUCUAAGUAUGAGGUGAAAGCUCCUGUUCCUUCUGCCUGUUUCAGGAAUAUUUGUAAACAAAUGACAAAAAUGCAUGAAGCUAUAAUUGACCUCCUUCCAGAAGAGCAAACACAAAUGUUAUUUUUAAGAAUUAAUGCAAGUUAUAAAUUCCACUUGAAAAAGCAGUUGUCUCAUUUAAAUGUGAUAAAUGAUGGAGGACCUCAAAAUGGGUUGGUCACAGCAGAUGUAGCUUUUUACACUGGAAAUCUUCGAGCCUUAAAAGGCCUUAAAGAUUUGGUCCUAAAUAUGGCCGAGAUCUGGGAACAGAAGAGGUGA